GAUGCAUUAUUCAUCAUUACAUUGUAAAAAUAAAAUCCAAAAAAAGUUAAUAUUUGUAGUAACAGGAGUUGACAGACUGCCGUAGGGUGUGAAAUUUAUAUAUCUUUUUCAAAGACCUAUAAUUUUCAAAACACAUACAUAAUUUUUUUUUUAAUUUUUUUCUGAUAGCUGUUAUGACUUUGCCUAUCACCCGGUUUCGGCUUGACGUCGACUUCUGGGACACCCUGUAUAUGAAAAACAAGAGCGGCCCUAGAACUGAACCUUGUGGUGUCCCUGAAGGAACUGUGUAUAUGUGAAAUACAGAGAACCACCUGUAGCUGUCUGCCUUCUAAAAAACGUAGAUAGCUAAGUACACUUGGCUAGAAGCAUAUCGAGGCGUAUCGCUAAAUGAAGACUAAAAUGAUAACUCUAAGAAUAAAAUCCUGAGCGCGCCCGUGUUCCCCUCCCAACUGCGAAAAUUCCUGGCGCGGUGCCUGCCCAGAUGAACGGCGACGUAUUUUUAGACUGUAAGCGCGGGCGGGUCGGUAUAUCCCAUUUUUUAGAAAUCGCUCUACAAAUGCACAUCACAUAACACCUCGAAUCACGAACACGGUACACCGUUCACAAAAAUCGAUCUUCGAAAUCACAUUUUUCUUGUUUCACUUGUUCUAACGACAUCAUGGUGUACCAUACAGUGAAACCACGUCCCUUCGAUGCCGACGCUGCCUGGCGCGACCACGUGGACCGCGUGAAGGGCAGGGAGCCCAGCCAAUGGCCCAGCAACAUCUUCCACACCACUUAUCCGUUCUCCCGUUACCCUCUCUACCUAGUCUACAGCAAGAGGCCUCGAACCCCAUCCCCAUCCAGCAAGUACGAUCCUCACCGCGCUUGGUUGGACCACCUGGACCGCCUGAACGAACUGGACAAGCUGUACCCCACUCUGUGGCCUUCCAUCGGUGGAUCCAAGGCUGACGAACCCCGUCUGGGCUACAACUACGCCGGGCAGCCGAUCUACAGCACCCGCGGUUAUCCAAGUAAGAGCCUGCUCUCGGACUUGCUGAACCCUUCUCCCUCCCUUCCUGUAUCGGCCGUCACCCGCGACCCCUUCUGGUGGAACUCCCCCCUACGCCCUUACACCUCGCAUACCCCAUUUGGACGCUCCCCAUUCUACCUUAGAGACUCCUACUUAUCCCCAGUCAAGAGGACCUACCUGUGGGACAAACAUCCGGUCAGGCCGUUCGCUGCUGUCUACUAAGUGGCAUUAGAUCGAAACCAACACGAACGGUAUGAAACACUAAUGCGACUGAAACUGACCAAGAUGAAGAAUCCACAACAUCUAACUUGCGUUUCAACUCUCAAACCGUGUUCAUUUUAUUUAUUUAUCUUAUUUACGUACACACACGCUAUUUCGAAAUUGAAAAGUGCCUUAGAUUGUACAAGAAACGAAAUAAAACCGAACUUCUUCUUUUGUAAUAUUUUAAGUACAUUCUGGAGUCGAUUGUAUUUAAAUAAGCGUGUCUCGUCAUUCCAACGAUAUAUUUUGUAUCGACCUAGAAUGUACAAGUUUUGUUACCAAUGUUAUAGCCCAAUAUAUAAAUAAACAAACAUGAACUAAUUUCUGCGUUAUUUCUGUUGCCCCGUAUCCC